UUUUCCCAGGCUUGAGCAGCUAUGGCGGCGGCUUUUCGGAAGGCGGCUAAGUCCCGGCAGCGGGAGCAUCGAGAGCGAAGCCAGCCCGGCUUUCGAAAACAUCUGGGCCUGCUGGAGAAAAAGAAAGAUUACAAACUUCGUGCAGAUGACUACCGUAAAAAGCAAGACUACCUCAGAGCUCUCCGGAAGAAGGCUCUUGAAAAAAAUCCAGAUGAAUUCUACUAUAAAAUGACUCGGGUUAAACUCCAGGAUGGAGUUCAUAUUAUUAAGGAGACAAAAGAAGAAGCAACUCCAGAACAGCUGAAACUGAUGAGAACUCAGGAUGUGAAAUAUAUAGAAAUGAAAAGAGUUGCAGAAGCUAAGAAAAUUGAAAGACUCAAAUCAGAGCUCCAUCUGCUGGACUUCCAGGGGAAGCAACAGAAGAAGCAUGUGUUCUUUUUUGACACCAAAAAAGAAGUUGAACACUUUGAUGUUGCAACUCACCUCCGCACAGCCCCAGAACUGGUUGACAGGGUCUUUAAUAGACCCACAAUAGAGACCUUGAAGAAGGAAAAAGUGAAAGGAGUUACCCGUCAGUCUCAAUUUAAGCGGAUAGCUAAAGAAAGGCAAAAGCAAUACAAUCACCUGACACAGCGGAUUGAGCGAGAGAAGCAACUGUUUGUUGUUGCACAGAAAAUUCAAACACGCAAAGAUCUUCUGGAUAAAACUCAGAAGGUGAAGGUGAAGAAUGCCACAGUCAAUUCUCCGGCUAUUUACAAAUUUCAGAGUCGUCGAAAACGUUGACAUAUCUUAGAUGAAUGUUGUCAUACUAUAUGGACAAGAAUUCUGCUUUCUCCCCCACUGGGAACUUCACAUUCCAUUAGUCCACAGGGCUUG